AUGGACUUUGAGCUCUCCGACACGUCUUCGGAGCUGAGCUCUCUCCCGUCGACGCCUCCUUCAGAAGACAGUCUCUAUCCUUCGCCGCUGGUGUCCCAUGCCGUUGCCGCGUCCAGUGCUGCAGACGUGGUGGAAUCCGCGCCUGUACGCAAGAAGCGAAAGAUAGAGCCAAAGCCCAGGGUCACCAGGCAUCUCGACCUGACGCACCCCGACAAGCAUGUCUGCCCGGAGCAGGAAGCACAGCUACAGACACUACUGAGAACGCUCCGUGAGCACCGCAAGAUAGUGGUCGUGGCGGGCGCUGGAAUCUCAGUAUCUGCGGGAAUACCCGAUUUUAGGUCAUCUAAUGGCCUGUUUAAUACUCUUAAAAAGGAUCACAAGCUCAGGGCUUCAGGGAAACAGUUGUUCGACGCCUCAGUCGUCUAUCAGGAUGAAUCGAUGAUCUCGUCCUUCCACGACAUGGUUAGGACCCUCUCCAAGCUAUCUGCGUCCGCAAAGCCAACUGCAUUCCACCACCUCCUUGCUCGUCUGGCAAAGGAAGGGCGUUUGUUACGCUUGUAUACCCAAAAUGUCGAUGGAAUCGAGGCCUCCCUGCCGCCAUUGAAAACGGAAGCACCGCUGGAGGUGAAAGGACCCUGGCCCACCACCAUCCAACUCCACGGCGGUUUAGACAAGAUGGUCUGCCAGAAGUGCAGCAAUUCUUCAAGAUUUGAGCCGGAGCUAUUCAAAGGACCCGAUCCACCGCUUUGUGGAAAUUGUGAAAAGAACGAGGAAGCAAGAACUGUUGGCGGCCAGAGAAGCCGCGGUAUCGGAAAAUUACGGCCUCGAAUGGUACUCUAUAAUGAGUACAACCCAGACGAAGAGGCGAUAGGUUCCGUGGUUAGUGCUGAUCUACGCGCCAGGCCUGAUGCACUUGUGGUCGUUGGUACCAGCCUAAAGAUUCCUGGCGUACGACGCAUCGUCAAGGAAAUGUGCCGUGUUGUAAGAGGCAGAAGAAAGGGAACAACGAUCUGGAUCAACCACGACCCUCUCCCUUCUGGCAAGGAGUUUGAAGAUUGCUGGGAUCUAGCUAUCAGGGGCGACUGCGACAAGGUUGCCCUCCACGCCGGCCUGAAGAAAUGGGACGACAAGAGCGACGAGUCCUUCGAUGAGUGUACCGCGGAGGAGGUUGAACGCGCCAAGUCAGAGAACGCCGGGUUAUCCGUCGUCAUUACACCUCAAAAGUCCGUCAAGUUUUCCGAGUUUCCAAACGGUAUACCUACACCAUCUUCCAGCUCGGAAGACUCGGUCAACCCCAGCAAGAGAUCCCAGAGCCCAACGCCUUGCGCUCCUCCCAAACAGAAAGGGGCCAGGACCAAGAUUGUCAAGAAGCCCAGCCAGCCACGGAAAUCCAGAGCAAAGAAAGCAAAGGCUGAAGAUGUCUCCACAAAUACUAUUCCAAUUAAUAAGGCAUUCCAGAGCAGAAAGCUUACGGUCAAGGAGUCCAAGGUUGUAAAAGACCAGCCUUGCAAGCUAGAAGACGUCCUAAACCCGAUACAUCCUGAGUCUGCCCGAAGCAACGGCCCGGCACCCCCGGAACCGAAGGAGAAUGAGCUUAAGGGCCAUGUUUAA